AUGAUUUUCAAUUUGUUCAUCUAUCUAUUACUAUCAUCAUAUCUAUCUAUCUAUCUAUCUGUUUGCAUUUCAAUUUGUUUAUUAUCUAUGAUAUUCAAUUUGUUCAUUUCAUCUAUCUAUCUAUCUAUCUAUCUAUCUAUCUAUCUAUCUAUCUAUCUGUUUGCAUUUCAAUUUGUUCAAUAUCUAUCUAUGAUAUUCAAUUUGUUCAUCUAUUUAUCUAUCUAUCUAUCUGUUUGCAUUUCAAUUUGUUCAAUAUCUAUCUAUGAUAUUCAAUUUGUUCAUAUCUAUCUAUUAUUCAUCUAUUCAUAUAUCUAUCUAUCUAUCUAUCUAUCUAUCUAUCUGUUUGCAUUUCAAUUUGUUCAAUAUCUAUCUAUGAUAUUCAAUUUGUUCAUCUAUCUAUCUAUCUAUCUAUCUAUCUAUCUAUCUAUCUAUCUAUCUGUUUGCAUUUCAAUUUGUUCAAUAUCUAUCUAUGAUAUUCAAUUUGUUCAUCUAUCUAUCUAUCUAUCUAUCUAUCUAUCUAUCUAUCUAUCUAUUCUUGUCUGUUCUUAUCUAUCUAUCUAUCUAUCUAUCUAUCUAUCUAUCUAUGAUUGCAUUUCAAUUUGUUCAUUAUCUAUGAAUUUCAAUUUGAUUAUUAUCUAUCUAUCUAUCUAUCUAUCUAUCUAUUUCAAUUUUUUUAUUAUCAGUCUAUCUAUCUAUCUAUGCAUGCAUUUCAAUUUGUUCAUUAUCUAUCUAUCUAUCUAUCUAUCUAUCUAUCUAUCUAUCUAUCUAUGA